ACGAGAGUGUCUAUUCGCAGGCAGCGUGAGCUCCUCCAGCACGUGAUGGCGGCGCCAGACUGUGUCCAUGUCCGAAUCCAUUAUAGUUGUGUGCCACCAUGUCAUCCGGGGUGAUACCGCGGGCGAAUCCAAGGUGGUGGAUGAGGAGAAGGACGGGUGGCACGUGGGAGGAUCUGCGGAAGAUGGACGAUGCCUCAGAAGAGUACUACAAGGAAAAGUUGAGGAUGUCCCCCAGGGUGUUCAUGGAGAUCGUGGAGGCGUUGUCCCCUCUUCUGCAGCGGCGGGUGACAUUCUACAGGGUUCCUUUGCAGCCGGAUCACAUCAUCGCAUAUGCGUUGUACCGAUGGGCGAGCGGGGAGACGUACGAGAGCAGCACGUCGUCAUUCGGAAUAGGGCGCGCAUUCGGGUUGAUCGUAGUGGAGGACGUUACGAGGGCGCUCCUGAGGGUGUACAAUGACAAGAUCGUUUGGCCUACUGGGAUGCGUCGUACGCUCAUUCUGCGUGCCUUCGAGGCGAAGGGCUUUUCCAACUGUUAUGGCUGCAUAGACUGCACGCACGUUUACGUCGACAAACCGGCGAACGCUCCUUCGGAGAACUACUUCGACCGGAAGCAUCAUUUCUCCGUUGUAGCGCAGGUGGUGGUGGACCUGGACUUGCGCAUCACGGACGUUUUCGUCGGUUACCCAGGGAGCUGCCAUGACAUUCGGGUGCUUCAGCUCUCCAGUCUGUGGGCGCAUGCGGAGGAGGGGGAUCUUUUCCGUGGAGCUCCUGUUGUGCUGUCGUUCGGAGUGAGGACACACGGUUACAUUCUGGGCGACAACGGGUAUCCGCCACUAGAGUGGAUUGUCAUGCCGUACGGGGGGACCGAUCAAAUCCCCGACGAGGAGAGGUUCGACAACAAGCAAAAGGUCGCCAGGGGAGCAGUGGAGAGAGCUUUCGGGAGAUUGAAAGGGAUGUGGAGGCUGUUCCUCCGCACACACAAGACGAAUAUGGACACUCUCCCACAACAGUUUCAGGCCGUGUGCAUUCUGCACAACAUCCUCCUUGACGCUGGCAUUGAGUUCGACGAGAACUUGCUGUGGGAGGUGGAUGCUAAUGGCGUGCGGUGGCGAGUGGACUUAGGGUUGGGUCAUCCACCCCACCCCAUUGCUGAGAACUUCAAUCGGCCCCGUGCGUCGGCGCUACGCGAGGCGUUGGCGGAGCGGAUGAAACACGCGUGAAGGCGCGCACCGCGUCGACGGCACGUGGCUCUGCCGUCCUUGUGGAGGUCGUGCUGGGGUCAUCGUCCAACGGAGGCGU